AAUCCGGGUCAAGGGUGUUCGCUUCGGUCUCUUCUUCCCGGCUGAUCCCGGCACCCUUCGUGACAGCGCCUCCUGACUCAGCCCAGGGCCGGUUCCUUCUCACGACUUGCUGGAGCCUGGACGCCCGCACCUGCCCCGGUGCACGGAGGGCGCUUCCUCCACCUACUGGCUCGCAGCCCCGGGCCCUGAGGGCCCGCAGACGCUGCCAGAGGGGAUCCCGCUGGCCCCUCGGCGCUGAUGCUGAGAGGGAUCGAGGGCCCGGGGCGGCGGCGGAGUACAGGCCUCAGGCGCCUUAGGCCAGCCGUGGGUGGUGUCGGUUCUUACGCUCCCCAGGCUCGCCAGCUCCCGCGUCGGCUUGGAUGGGCCCCCCUACCCGAUAAAUGUGGCUGCUGAGGCGGCAGUGGCGGUGGCCGGUCACGCUGCUGCUGCGCUCCAAGUUCAUCUCCGCCCCGGGGCUCUCCUGCUCCAGCUGGGGGCUGCCGCCGUCCGCUCCUUAUCCCCUACCCCUAGCCUUGCAGCGUGGCGACAAUGGACAAGAUCCUGGAGGGCCUGGUGAGUUCUUCGCAUCCGCUGCCGCUAAAGCGGGUGAUUGUGCGGAAGGUGGUGGAAUCGGCGGAGCAUUGGCUAGACGAGGCGCAGUGCGAGGCCAUGUUUGACCUGACGACCCGGCUCAUUCUGGAGGGCCAGGACCCUUUCCAGCGGCAGGUGGGGCACCAGGUGCUGGAGGCCUACGCACGGUACCACCGGCCAGAGUUCGAGGCCUUCUUCAGCAAGACCUUCGUGUUGGGCCUCCUUCAGCAGGGCUACCACUCGCUGGACAGAAAGGACGUAGCCAUCCUGGACUACAUUCACAAUGGCCUGAAGCUGAUUAUGAGCUGUCCGUCGGUGCUGGACCUCUUCAGCCUGCUGCAGGUAGAGGUGCUACGGAUUGUAUGUGAGAGGCCGGAGCCUCAGCUCUGCGCCCGACUGAGCGACCUUCUGACCGACUUCGUGCAAUGCAUCCCCAAAGGGAAAUUGUCCAUCACCUUCUGUCAACAGCUGGUUCGAACCAUAGGCCACUUCCAGUGCGUGUCCACCCAGGAGAGAGAGCUGCGGGAAUAUGUCUCUCAAGUGACAAAAGUGAGUAACUUGCUGCAGAACAUCUGGAAGGCUGAGCCUGCCACACUGCUGCCUUCCCUGCAAGAAGUUUUUGCAAGCAUCUCUUCCACAGAUGCGUCAUUUGAACCUUCUGUAGCAUUGGCAAGCCUUGUGCAGCAUAUUCCUCUUCAGAUGAUUACAGUUCUCAUCAGGAGCCUCACUACGGAUCCAAAUGUAAAAGAUGCAAGCAUGACCCAAGCCCUUUGCAGAAUGAUUGACUGGCUGUCCUGGCCAUUGGCUCAGCAUGUGGAUACAUGGGUAAUUGCACUUCUGAAAGGACUGGCAGCUGUCCAGAAGUUUACUAUUUUGAUAGAUGUUACUUUGCUGAAAAUAGAACUGGUUUUUAAUCGACUUUGGUUUCCUCUUGUGAGACCUGGUGCUCUUGCAGUUCUUUCUCACAUGCUGCUUAGUUUUCAGCACUCUCCAGAGGCAUUCCAUUUGAUUGUUCCUCAUGUAGUUAAUUUGGUUCAUUCUUUCAAAAGUGAUGGUCUGCCUUCCAGUACAGCCUUUUUAGUACAAUUAACCGAAUUGAUACACUGUAUGAUGUAUCAUUAUUCUGGAUUUCCAGAUCUCUAUGAACCUAUUCUGGAGGCAAUAAAGGAUUUUCCUAAGCCCAGUGAAGAGAAGAUUAAGUUGAUUCUCAAUCAAAGUGCCUGGACUUCUCAAUCCAAUUCUUUGGCAUCUUGCUUGGCUAGACUUUCAGGAAAAUCUGAAACUGGGAAAACUGGUUUAAUUAACCUAGGAAAUACGUGUUAUAUGAACAGUGUUAUACAGGCAUUGUUUAUGGCCACAGAUAAUCUUCACUAAACAUUGUAUAUUAAGAUUUCAGUUACUUAUUUCAUGGUGUGUUUCUUGUAUUUUCUCUACUGCUAUCAAAAGAGGGAAGCAUACGCACCUCGGAUAUUCUUUGAGGCUUCCAGACCUCCAUGGUUUACUCCCAGGUCACAGCAAGAUUGUUCUGAAUACCUCAGGUUUCUGCUAGACAGGCUCCAUGAAGAAGAAAAGAUCUUGAAAGUUCAGCCCUCACAUAAGCCUCCUGAAAGUCUGGGGUACAGUGAAACUUCUUUACAGGAAGUAGAUAAUAAAGCAGCUGUACUAACAGAGACCCCUUGCACAAGUGAUGGUGAGAAGACUUUAAUAGAAAAAAUGUUUGGAGGAAAACUACAGACUCACAUAUGUUGUUUGAACUGCAGGAGUACCUCACAAAAAGUAGAAGCCUUUACAGAUCUCUCACUUGCCUUUUGUCCUUCCUCUUCUAUGGAAAACUUGUCUUUUCAAGGUCCAGCAUCAUCACCCAACACACAAGAUGGUGGUCUAAUGCAAGCCACUGUACCAGGUCCUUCGGAAGAACCAGUAGUUUAUAAUCCUGCAACAGCUGCCUUUAUCUGUGACUCAGUUGUGAAUGAAAGAACAAUAGGCAGUCUUCCUGAUGAGUUUUACUGUACUGAAAACACUUCUGUCCCUAAUGAAUCUAACAAGAUUCUUGUUAAUAAAGAUGUACCUCAGAAACCAGGAGGUGAAACCACACCUUCAGUAACUGACUUACUAAAUUAUUUUUUGGCUCCAGAGAUUCUUACUGGUGACAACCAAUAUUAUUGUGAAAACUGUGCCUCUCUGCAGAAUGCUGAGAAAACUAUGCAAAUCACAGAGGAACCUGAAUACCUUAUUCUUACUCUCCUGAGAUUUUCUUAUGAUCAGAAGUAUCAUGUGAGAAGAAAAAUUUUAGACAAUGUGUCACUGCCACUGGUUUUGGAGUUGCCAGUUAAAAGAACUACUUCUUUCUCUUCAUUGUCAGAAAGUUGGUCUGUAGAUGUUGGCUUCACUGAUAUUAGUGAGAACCUAGCUAAAAAAUUAAAGCCUUCUGGGACUGAAGAAGCUUGCUGCCCAAAAUUGGUGCCCUAUCUAUUAAGUUCUGUUGUCGUUCACUCUGGUAUAUCCUCUGAAAGUGGGCAUUACUAUUCUUAUGCCAGAAACAUCACAGGUACAGAGUCUUCAUACCAGAUGUGCCAUCAGUCUGAAACUCUGGCAUUAGCAUCCUCCCAGAGUCAUUUACUAGAGAGAGAUAGUCCCAGUGCAAUUAUUGAACAGGAUUUGGAAAAUAAGGAAAUGUCAAAAGAAUGGUUUUUAUUUAAUGACAGUAGAGUGACAUUUACUUCAUUUCAGUCAGUCCAGAAAAUUACGAGUAGAUUUCCAAAGGACACAGCUUAUGUUCUUUUGUAUAAAAAACAGAACAGCACUAAUGGGUUAAGUGGUAAUAAUCCAACCAGUGGACUCUGGAUAAAUGGAGACCCACCUCUACAGAAAGAACUUAUGGAUGCUAUAACGAAAGACAAUAAACUGUAUUUACAGGUAAGUUGGAAAUACAAGCUUUAGUAUUUGUGGAAAAUAUUAAACGAUCGGCGGGUGGUUAAAUGA